AUGGCGCUGGUUCAGAAACCCGUUUCGGAUCACUCCGAAGACGAGGACAGCGCGUCGAACUGUUCGCUGGAGCUCGACAGUCGCACGGGUGGUAACCCGUCGCACGCGGAUACGGCGACGUCGUCAGCUUCGUCAUCAUCGUCGUCGGAGGAAAACCUCAUUUCGCUGCUGCCGGACGACUGCCUGGCCGCCGUGUUUCGGCAGCUGAACGCGGCGGACUUGGCAGCGUGCUCGCUCGUGUGUCGCAGAUGGAUGAGCACGGACUCGGAGUCUCGGCCGAACCUGUCGUUGCGGGCGGCGACAGAGCUGACGCAGCAGCUCCCGCGGCUGCUGGAGCGGUUCUGUGCGGUGCAGAAGCUCGUGCUGAAGUGCGACCGCAACGUGCAGAGCGUAGACGACGCGGCGCUCACGCUCGUGGCGGAGCAGUGCCUGCUGCUGCGGAAGCUCAAGCUGAAGAACUGCAAGCAGGUGACGGACGAGGGAAUGGAGCGCUUCACCCGCGCGUGCCCGCAUCUGCGCAAGUUCUCGGUGGGCGGCUGCGGGUUCGGCACGCGCGGACUCAACGCGCUGCUGGGCGGCUGCCCCCUGCUGGAGGACCUCACGGUCAAGCGAAGCAUGAAGCCCCCCGCGGAUCGCGCGCUCGAGCCGCUCACCCCGUCGAACCUGAAACUCCGCCGGCUCUGCCUCAAGGACCAAUCAAAUUCGACCAUCUGGACUCCCCUGCUCGAGGCGUGCGGCAAUCUCGAGACGCUCAUUCUCGCGCGCAACGGCGGGUACUGGGACCGCGUGCUAGAAUCUUCUCUCGGGCAGAAACGCCUGCCCGAACUCUCGCAGGUCUACCUGGAAAAGCUGCAGCUGACGGACCGCGGUCUGCAGGCCGUGGCGCGCUGCCCGAAGCUCGAAGCGCUCGUAGUGGUCCGCACACCGGAUUGCACGGACGCGGGAAUGGCGGCGAUCGCGGCGGGAUGCACGGGGCUACGGCGGCUGCACAUCGAGGGGUGGGCUCCCGGGCACAUAGGCGACACGGGUUUAGGCGCCAUUGCGCGCUGCUGCCGCGACUUGCAGGAGCUGGUGCUCGUAGCGCACUCGUGCACCGCGGCUAGUCUUAAACCGCUCGCGACUAAUUGCCGCGGGCUGGAGCGAUUAACUCUCUGCUCGUCCUCCGCAAUGGGGGAUUUAGAAAUGGCGUGUUUGGCUUACGGCUGUCCGUCGCUCAGGCGACUGUGCGUGAAGGGGUGCAGUCGGGUUACCGAUCUCGGGAUUAUCGCGCUCGCGAACGGGUGUCCUUCGCUCCAGAGGCUCAAGGUUCGCCGGUGUUCGAACGUUACACCGUCGUCGCUGGAUUUCCUGCAGAAGCAGCGCCCGGCGCUCUCGAUCACGCAGGAGCGCACGCGAUCCGCUUCGUCGUCGUCUCACGCGCACGCGCAUGCGCAUAGGGAGCACGGGGCUGGCGGAGGGGCCGGGGGAGGCGCGCGCGGAGCCGCCGGCGGGGCCGGGGGAGGCGCGGGCGGAGUGGUGAUUGCGGAACCGGUUGACGGGAUGAUGCUGGGCGGCGGGCGGCGCAGGGGGGCUGGCGCGGGGGGGGAGCAUGGCGGAGGGCGCAGGGGCGAGGGCGCGGCAGCGGCGGAGCAGCUGGGCGGCGGGCGCUUAGUGCGCGACUUCCCCGGGCUUCAUGCGUUGGGGCGUGCGGGCGCAAUUGGCGCGGGCGGGGGAGCAGGCGGAGUUGGGGGAGGCGCGGACGAGGAGUUGACCGCAACUGCCGCGGAAGCAAUAGGAGCGUCGGUACUAGCGCCAGUGGCGGUGCAGGGGGGAGUGGCAGCAGCAGCAGCAGGAGUGCCGCUGGGAGUAGCAUCUCGACCGUUGGAUCUGGUAGCGUCUCGGCCGUCGGAUCUGGUAGCAUCUCUGGCGUAG